AUGGUUUUUGGAGAAACUAAAGAAUGCAUAUGGGCACAGAGAAGGAUUGUGUUUUGUAUCGGACCGUCAUGGCAGUAUAAAGAAAGGCAAAAUAUUACGCAGGCUUUCAAUUCGGCUGUUCGGGCUUACACAUUAGAAGAAUUUGAAUACAACAUGCAACAACUAGACGCAAUGAAUGAUAAGAUUCGUAAUUACCUAGAUGAAGUAGGCCCUGAAAAGUGGUCACGAAUAUAUAUGCCGGCAAACAGAUACUCUACAAUGACAUCAAACAUUGUAGAAUCAGUAAAUGCGGUCACAAAGCAAGUUCGAGAACGUCAUGAGGAGAAUGAGUUCAGAAUUAAGGAACUUGAGGGUAAGGUUCUUAGGUAUCUUGAAGGUCAUGUAUCUCCUUCCAACCAAACAGUGUUCUCCGUGAGCGAUGAAAGGUCCACAUUUGUUGUUGAUAUUGAGCAACGUACAUGCACUUGCAGGAUGCUGCAGGUCGAUUUGAUGCCUUGUCCACAUGCAUUGGCUGUAAUCGCACAUACGAAAAGGGAUGCAUAUUCUUACUAUUCCUAUUAUUACACAAAGGAAGCAUAUGUAAAUGCUUACGAAAGUUCGGUAUAUCGCGUUGGAAAUCCAGACGAGUGGAGAGUACCCGAUGAAGUAGAAUUCCAAAUUGUUUUAGCUCCUAACCAAAAGCGGAGUUCUGGAAGACCUACUGAGAAGAGGAAGAGAUCAUCUAGGGAAGGAAAACCAAAAGUAAGAUGUGGACGUUGUGGUGCACAUGGUCACAACCGCAGGAGGUGCUCAAGUUUGGUCCCAUUAAGUAAGAACGGUUUAUAG